AACUUUAAUCUUAGUUGAUGCAUGAUGUACUAGUUAACUGCACAGUUACAUUUUAUCGUUCGUUAAAAUUAAGUUAUCUUAUAUUUCUCAGUUAUCGUUAUAUUUAAGUGAAAGUUUUAAAUUAAAAAUAAAACAAUCAAAAUACCUUUUAUUUCUGAAAACAAUUUUUAUGUAAAUAAUUUACUAAUAGGUCACAUAUCACCUUAAAUCGUGAAGAUUGCCUAAGUUUCCGUAGCUACAAAUACCUCUGUUACUUUUGCAAAUAGGUAUUUGCAAUUGCGAUUUUUGAGAAAUAGAGCCAAUUUAAUGUGUUCUUUUGUAGGUUGUAUAUUAUAAAUACGUUGAUAAAUGUAAAAGAUCUUUUCCAACUGGCACCAAGAAUAAAAUUAACAAAUUGUUAUGGAGGAAACCAAAGAGUUUAAAAUAGCUUUAGAAAAUGGUCUAGACCUUGAGAAAUUAUGCACAACAGGUUCAGUGUUAAAUAUUCAUGAAGAUUACAAUGAAAAUGAUUAUGAUGAUGAGACAGAUGACAAUAAAAUAAAAACUGAUUAUAUUGGUACACCAAUAAAGAGCUUUGCCAUUCUCGAUAAACAGAUGACAGCUAUCGAUAGUAAUGGUUAUGUCAAAAAGAAAAUAAUUUCUGAAGGUGGAGGCUAUGAACUUAAUGAUGGCUGUACUGUCUCUUUUGCUUUUACUGGUUAUUGGGAAAAUGAACCUGAGCCAUUUGAUGUGAGGAAACCUUCUAAACCUAUGGUUGUAGAUCUAAAAGAUAAUGGCUUAUUACCAGGUCUUUUAAUAGCAAUCAAAUCAAUGUUGGUUGGUGAAACUUCAUUAUUUCUGCUUUCACAUCAGUUAAUGUAUGGAGACUUAGGGGUUCCCCCAAGGAUUAAACCUAAAGCAAAAUGUGCUUUCUACAUAAAUUUAAUCAAGUGUAUUUUGACACCUGCUGAAGGCAAUUUAGAUUUAUCUGAACCUAAUAGUUUUGCUAGAGUAUCUAAAGAAGUCAAGUUAUUGUAUGCAUCAGGGAUUACAUUACAUAAGUCAAACAACUAUAUGGCAGCUAUAAAGCUAUUUAAAAAAGGUGUUCAUAUGCUACAUUCAUGUCGUUUAGCAAAUGAAGAAGAGGAAAAAUUCCAAAGACAACUUCUUAUCAAACUCUAUACCAAUUUAUCUAUUUGCUACAAUAUAGCUAAACUACCUCUCAAAACUUGCACUAUGUGUAAUGAACUCAAUAGAUUGGAUAGUCUAUGGAACAAGUCUAAGGUGUUGUUUCAAAAUGCCAAGGCAUUGAGAAUGAUUGGUCAGUUUGAUGAAGCAGAGAAAAAGUUAAAAAGAGCAAUGAAAUUGUCACCGAAUAAUGAGGAGUUGACAAAUGAGCUUGCAGUAUUACAAAAAACUCGUGAAAAUUGCAAUAAACGGAAACUAUUAAUUAAUUAUGAAGGACAAAUGUCUAAUGUUGUAAAUGAUAAUUUUAAAAUAGAAGUAGACCACCUAAUUAAAUACUUUAAAGAAAAUGACAACUUGUGCAAGUAUACUUUACCUAGUGGUCUAAAUUCAGAGGAAGUUAAUUAUGUUAAAGAGGCUUGUGAGCGUGAAAAUAUAUAUUUCAAUAAAGUUGAAACAAAUUAUUUAUUAGAUAGAGAGGAUGAAUCUUCAAUUGUAGAUGAUUGGAACAUAGUCUGUUAGUUAUAGCAAUAAUUGUGAAAUGGAGACUGAUUCCCAUAACUUAAUUUCCAUAAUUGUAAAAGGUCUUAUUAGACAAAUCAGGAUUGAUUAUAAAUAUAUCAUUCAACAAAUAUA